AUGGCGGCCGCUCGGGGGUGGCCGCGGAAGCUGGCGGCUGUCGCUGCGGCGCUGCCCGGCAGGGGCGGUCCGGGACGAGCACCGGGACCGGGUCCUGCCGUGGAACCGGCCCCGGAGCCGCUCCAUGAAACGGCCGCCGCAGCCGCGCUCUACGUGCAUUGGCCCUACUGCCGCAAGCGCUGCUCCUACUGCAACUUCAACACCUACGUGGUGCCGGCGGCGGACGAGGCGGCCGUGCGCGCCUGCCUGGUGCGGGAGGCACAGACCCUGCUCCGCCUCAGCCAGGUGCACAGCAUCACCUCCGUCUUUUUCGGCGGGGGCACCCCCAGCCUGGCCAGCCCCGACACUGUGGCGGCAGUGUUGGAGGCUGUGGCGGGGGCUGCCCACCUUCCUGCCGGUGCUGAGGUCACGCUGGAGGCCAACCCCAGCUCCGCCAGCACAUCGCGCUUUGCCGGCUUCAGGGCUGCUGGGGUGAACCGCCUCUCCAUCGGCGUCCAGUCGCUGGAUGACGCCGAGCUGAGGAUGCUGGGCCGGGAGCACACAGCGGCAGAGGCACGCCAGGCUGUGGAAGCGGCACGGGGGCUCUUCCCUGGCCGAACCUCCAUCGAUCUCCUGUUUGGGUUGCCGGCACAGAGCCGGGAUGCCUGGGCCCAGCAGCUGGAGGCGGCUCUCGGGCUCUGUGACGAUCACAUCUCCCUGUACCAGCUGACGCUGGAGCGAGGCACGGCGCUGGCAGCACAGGUCCGGGAGGGAGCCCUGCCUGCACCCUCCCAGGAUCUGCUGGCUGACAUGUACGAGACUUCCCGGAAUGUGCUGGUGGCCUCCGGCUUCCGCCACUAUGAGGUCUCCAAUUUUGCACGGAAGGGCGCCCUGAGCACCCACAACCUCUCAUACUGGCGGGCUGAUGAGUACAUCGGCGUGGGGCCAGGGGCACAUGGGCGCUUCAUUCUGCGGGGUGAGGGUGGCUGCAGCCGGGAAGCACGUGUGCAGACCCUGGAGCCUGUUACCUGGAUGCGGGAGGUGCAGAGCCAGGGACACGGCACCAGGAGUCGGGUGGUGCUAAGCCCUCUGGAGCAGCUGGAGGAGCUGCUCACCCUGGGACUGCGCACAGAUGAAGGCAUCGCACAUGAGCGCUGGGAGCACUUCUCCCCCCAGCUCAGCUUGCGUGAUGUGUUCGGGGAGCCGGGGGAAGCUCGGGCACUGCAGCAGGAGGGCCGGCUUGUCCUGGACAGCGGGGGUCUGCGGUGCACCUGGGCCGGCCUGGCCGUGCUGGACUCGCUGCUGCCCGACCUGCUCUGGCAGCUGCAGCGGGUGCUGGGCGCUGCCCAGUGCCCACCGAGGGUUUCCCCGGCGGAGGAACGAGCCGGUGGCCGGGACGCGGGGGCUGUAAGUGACCACAGUGGACAAUAA